AUGGUGGUGGUGUUAGGAAAGCGUUUGUUCUGGCCAGCUGUGGUGAGGGCCAGGACGAGAGCUUGUUUGGAGCCCUGGGUUAUUGGCCUCAUCACCUUUAUAUCCCUGAUUGUCCUGGCAGUGUGCAUCGGACUCAUCGUUCAUUAUGUGAGAUACAAUCAAAGGACGACCUACAAUUACUAUAGCACAUUGUCAUUUACAAGUGACAAACUAUAUGAUGAGUUUGGAAAAGAGGCUUCUAAAAAUUUCACAAAAAUGAGCCAGAAAAUUGAAUCAAUGGUGAAAAAUGCAUUUCAUAGAUCUUCAUUGAAGCAAGCAUUUGUCAAGUCUCACAUUAUCAAGUUCAGUCAGGAGGAACAUGGAUUGUUGGCUCAUAUGCUGCUGAUUUUUAGAUUUCCCUCUACUGAGGAUCCUGAAACCAUAAGUAAAAUUAUUCAACGUGUUCUACAUGAAAAGCUGCAAGAUGCUGUAGGACCCCCUAAAUUAAAUCCUGAAUUAGUUGAAAUUAAAAAAAUCAACAAGACAGAAACAGACAACUUUCUGAACAAUUGCUGUGGGACACGAAGGAACAAAACUACAAGACAGAGUCUCAGGAUUGUUGGUGGGACAGAGGUACAAGAGGGUGAAUGGCCAUGGCAAGCUAGUCUGCAAUGGGAUGGGAUCCAUCGCUGUGGAGCAACUUUGAUUAAUGACACAUGGCUUGUGAGUGCUGCUCACUGCUUUAGAACGUAUAAGGACCCAGCCAGAUGGACUGCUUCCUUUGGAGUAAAAAUAGAGCCUCCAAAAAUGAAACAAGGCCUCCGGAGGAUAAUUGUGCAUGAAAAAUACAAAUAUCCAUCACAUGACUAUGAUAUUUCAGUUGCAGAGCUUUCUAGCCCUGUUCCCUACACAAAUGCAGUACACAGAAUUUGUCUCCCUGAUGCAUCCCGUGAAUUCCACCCUGGUGAUGAGAUGUUUGUGACAGGAUUUGGAGCACUGCAAAAUGAUGGAAGCAGUCAAAAUCACCUUCGGCAAGUACAGGUGGAUCUCAUAGACACUAAAACCUGUAAUGAACACAAAGCUUACAAUAAGGCCAUAACUCCUAGAAUGUUAUGUGCUGGCUCCUUGAAAGGAAACAGAGAUGCAUGCCAGGGUGACUCCGGAGGACCACUGGUUAGUCCAGAUGCUAGAGAUAUCUGGUACCUCGCUGGAAUAGUGAGCUGGGGAGACGAAUGUGGGCAUCCCAAUAAACCCGGUGUUUAUGCUAGAGUGACUGCCUUCCGGGACUGGAUCGCUUCCAAAACUGGUGUCUGAGAGAGAACAACCUAGAAGAAUGGAACACAUUUUUGUGUAGAGGCCGUUCUUAGAGAUAUAGAAUUGCAGAAGGAGUCAUGCAGAUCACCUGGAUGUGACCGAUCGAACUAAACUACCUGCUAUUUCCUUCCUACCUCUGCUUCACAUAGCAUCCUGCUUCUGCCAGAUGGAUUCUGUUUCAACUUGCAGUCACUUGUUUUCUAGGAGUUUUCUGUCAUCAAAUUUUGGCUUGUUGACAUAAAUUUCUCAUGCAUACAUACAGUUUGAAGUGAUCCCUUCCUUCAUUUUCCCAGCUUCUCUCAUCUCAGUAAAUUUCCACUUUCAAGGUGCAGGACAAAGAGUAAAAGGAAGUAUGAAAAGGAAAGAACUACAUUUUUACGUACAGAAAAGUAUUAGGUGUUUUUUUUUCUUUAUGGAAUGAAGAAAAUGAUCUUAAUCAUUAUGAAAGCUCAAGCAAACAGACAGCGGCAUACCAAACACUUCAUGAUGGCAAAAGAAUGGGAACUAAAGUUAAGGAAACAAAGAGAAGCCGAGAUACAACUUUAUUUUCAUUUCCAGCCAACAACAGAGAUAAAUGUGGGGAAGAUUCUGUUUUCUUGUGGCCUAUAAUAAUUAUACAAACUCUAUAUAAUGUACUUAUUCUAAGUUAAAGCAAAUAAUAUUUAUUUAACAUUGCACUACUGAGAAUGUCAAUAUAUAAUAAUAAAAAAUAAAUAUCAUCAAUUUGCUUGAUAUUAUAAUAUAAUAAUCCAUGAGAAAGGGGAAGAUGGGGAAAAUGUCACCAAUCAAUUUAUUGCAAAUUCUUUUAAAGUCUGAGGCUAGAAUGAAAAUUCACUUAAGAACAACCAGCAUACCUUAUGUGGUAAGAUUUUUGUAUGGUUGGAUAGGAGGAAAUAAAAACAGAAUCAGUGCAAACUAC